AUGUCGAAAACUCUCAAAAUGCGUUGUCGAACCUUCCCGAGACGGCGCUCCGUUCUCCUGUUAUUCUCGAUUUUGUUCGUAAUAUUUUACAUCGUAAACUUCAUUUUGAGCACACUUUCCAAUAUUUCAAUGUAUUCUUGUACCAUCCCCUUUGAGGGCAAAGAUCCCAAUGUGUUUGGUUAUCUGUGUGCAGUUGAUCGGUGCGUUUACGAAUUCUUCAAAGAUACCGAACACGACAAAUUUGAACUGAUGUGGCGAAAAUUGCCGGAUUCGCUGAAUUGGUGUUCAACGAAUGCGCAGAUGAGCGUGACAAAAUUCACAUCCAAGAAGGAAGUUGUAUUGUUUAAGGUCAAGAAUAUGAUGGAGAGGAAAAAGAAAAAUGAAGCCGGUAACACCUGUACCGCUGUUGUGAUAUCCUUUGAAGAUGAUCGAUCUUUGAAGGAUAUUGAUCUGGAACGAGUCCUGAAAACCUGCACCAUACAUCAUAUUGAUCUUUCCUCGUCGAGAGUUCAAGGAUUAGCAAAUGUGCUCAAAUCUUUCAACACCGAAGUCAUCGAUCUUCUCAUAGUGGGACCAUCCAAAGCAUCUUCCUACCUUCUUUUCCAACAAUUUCUAGGACAAUAUUAUGAUUAUCUACCAACAGUUUGUCAGGUGAAUUUCGCUCACUCGCUUCCCCGUGCUCGCGAGGAGAAUGGUUUCAUGGAGUCUAUUCAACGACUUCGAUCCGAGAAAAAAUUCCUGCUGAUAGGAGCCAGCAAGGAUCGUACUGAUAUGCAUUUGAACCUAUUUUUUGAAAAUAUGGACGAGCAAUACUGUAGGAAUCGGUACUUUAGGUACUUGUCGUAUUUUUAA